UCUGUCACAUUCAUUUGUCAUUUAAUUUUGUAAAAAAAUCCGAAAACAAAAAAUACAGUUUUUACUGUGUAAUGUGUUAUCAAUAACACAGUUGUAUUUUGAAUCUUCGCCAGUUGCCUUCGAAUUUAUAAAAUGCUGUCUCUCAUAGUGCGACAAGCCGGUGCCAUCGCCAAAAAGAGUACUCCACUUUUGAGUUCUGUGCGCCACAAAGCAGCCUACGAAGGCGAUGGCAAGACCACAGUCCGCGUUAUAAACCAGGAGCAAGAUCUAGGACUUAUGAUCGACUCAUACGCUACGUAUGGCUUCAGAUUGAACAAUGGCAUCACAGUCCUGGGGCCCAUGGCUAUAUUCCCCAGGACAGUGCUUUCAUGGCAAGUGGGCAGCUCCGAGGAAAUCACGGAGGAGUCACUGCGACUGUUCAAACUGCUGGAGCCUAAAAUAGACCUUGUGAUAAUGGGCAUCGAAGCGAACGACCGAAGUAUCAUGGGCCCGGUGUUCCGCGCCGCGAAAGCCAACAAGCUAAACGUUGAGAUCCUGCCCACGGAACACGCCUGCUCUACGUUCAACUUCCUGAAUGCUGAGGGACGAUGCGUGGCAGCCGCACUCAUCCCACCAACUAGCGUGCAAAUGAACGAAGACGAUCAACUGCGCACGUCGAUGCACUACGCCAACGUAUACGAGAAGGAACUCUAGUAGACUACGCUGAAGGCUUGUUACCUCCUGAUAGCCUAUCAGGAACAUAUCUGACAGAUAAACUACAACUGUUCAAUGUUCAUGACCACUUGCAUAGCAUUUCCAUAAGGGCACGUCGUUAGUCACUAUGGACUUCACCAUGAUAGCCUAUCAGGAACUUAUCUGACAGAUAAACACCUGCAUAGAAUUUCCAUAAGGGCUCUUCGUCAGUCGCUAAUGAAGUCCAUGAUAGCCUAUCAGGAACUUAUCUGACAGACAAUCUACAGCGUUAAGUUUUAGGCCCAUUUGCACUGAAAGCUUGUUUCCGACUCCCUGAUAGCCUAUCAGGAACAUAUCUGACAGAUAAACACCUGCAUAGAAUUUCCGUAAGGGCUCUUCGUCAGUCGCUAAUGAAGUCCAUGAUAGCCUAUCAGGAACUUAUCUGACAGACAAUCUACAGCGUUAAGUUUUAGGCCCAUUUACAUUGAAAGCUUAUUUCCGACUCCCUGAUAGCCUAUCAGGAACUUAUCUGACAGAUAAACUACUGCCGUUCAUGUCCACUUGCAUAGCAUUUCCAUAAGGGCACUUCGUUAGUUGCUAUUGAAGUCCAUGAUAGCCUAUCAGGAACUUAUCUUAGAAAUAAACUACAGGUUUUCAGGCACUUCACUACGGGUCUUUCAUCACUCGCUGAUAAAAUUAUCAGAGACUUAUCUAUCAGAUAGCUUAUUUGUCAAGUGGAUAUCGUUUAGUUGUCAAAAGUGCGUAAAUUUUUAUAUGGUCAAUAGACACAGCUAGUGUUCAUCAUAUAGCUGAAUAUUAAAUUAUUGAUUUUGGUUUUCGUCAAUUAC